AGCCGCUCGCCGUUCAUCGCUUGCCUUCGCCGCUGCCGCCGCUGCCGGGCUACGGCAGCGUCUAGGGCGCGUGUUCUCCUAAGGAGCCUCGCGCCGCGGGGCGCGCGCCGUACCCCUGCCUCGCGGCGCUGGGUCUCGCGGGCCCCGCUCCCGCCCUCCUCUCGCCUGGCCCGGACCGGAAGCGGCGCCGCACGGCCUGGGCCUGGCGCGGGGGGCGGGCACCGGGGCCCGGUCGGAUAUGGGCAAGAAGCACAAGAAGCAUAAGUCGGACAGACACCUGUACGAGGGUGAGGAGCGCGCGGUAGAGCUGCGCGGCGUCAGGUCUCGAAACUAUGUGGAGAAGCCUUUGAAGUUGGUCCUGAAAGUGGGAGGGAACGAGGUCACCGAGUUAUCCACGGGUAGCUCUGGACACGACUCGAGUCUCUUCGAAGACAAAAACGAUCAUGAUAAACACAAAGACAGAAAGCGGAAAAAGAGGAAGAAAGGAGAGAAGCAGGUGCCUGGGGAGGAAAAAGGGAGAAAACGGAGACGAGUCAAGAUGAUAAAGAGGUCUGGAGAGAGUGAAAGCACUGCCAGAGAUCACGGUGUUUCAAGGAUGAAGCUAACUGAGGAUAAAAGAAAGCGAGAUCGAGAUCGUAUGGAGAAUGAGGCAGAAAAAGACUUUCAGUGUCACGCCCCUGUGAGAUUAGAUUUGCCUCCUGAGAAGCCUCUCACAAGCUCUUUAGCCAAACAAGAAGAAGUAGAACAGACACCCCUUCAAGAAGCUUUAAAUCAACUGAUGAGACAAUUGCAAAGAAAAGACCCAAGUGCUUUCUUUUCAUUUCCUGUGACUGAUUUUAUUGCUCCCGGCUACUCCAUGAUCAUUAAACACCCAAUGGAUUUUAGUACUAUGAAAGAAAAGAUCAAAAACAAUGAUUACCAGUCCAUAGAAGAAUUAAAGGAUAACUUCAAACUAAUGUGUACCAAUGCCAUGAUUUACAACAAACCAGAGACCAUUUAUUAUAAAGCUGCGAAGAAGCUUUUGCACUCAGGAAUGAAAAUUCUUAGCCAGGAAAGAAUUCAAAGCCUAAAGCAGAGCAUAGAGUUCAUGGCCGACUUACAGAAAACACGAAAACAGAAAGACAGAGCAGACACCUCCCAGAGCGGAGAGGACAGCAGCUGCUGGCCCCAGGAGCGAGACGACUCUGGAGACGCUGAAGCACAAGCUUUCAAAAGUCCCAACAAGGACAAUAAAAAGAAAGACAAAGAUGUGCUUGAAGAUAAAUGGAGAAGCAGCAACUCAGAAAGGGAGCAGGAGCAGAUUGAACGCGCUGUCCAGGAGUCAGGAGGAAAACUGACCCGUCGACCAGCCAACAGCCAGUGUGAAUUUGAAAGAAGAAAACCAGAUGGAACAACAACGCUUGGACUUCUACAUCCUGUGGAUCCCAUCAUAGGAGAACCAGGCUACUGUCCUGUGAGACUAGGGAUGACAACUGGAAGACUUCAGUCUGGAGUGAAUACCUUGCAGGGGUUUAAAGAAGAUAAAAGGAACAAAGUAACCCCAGUGUUAUACUUGAAUUAUGGGCCUUACAGUUCUUAUGCCCCACAUUAUGAUUCCACUUUUGCAAAUAUCAGCAAAGAUGAUUCUGAUUUAAUCUAUUCAACCUAUGGAGAAGACUCUGACCUUCCAAGUGACUUUAGUGUCCAUGAGUUUUUGGCAACAUGCCAAGAUUACCCAUAUGUUAUGGCAGAUAGUUUACUGGAUGUUUUGACAAAAGGAGGGCAUUCCAGGACCCUACAGGAGUUGGAGGCGUUAUCACCCGAAGAUGAAGGCCAGACCAGGACACUUGAUACAGCAAAAGAAGUAGAGAUUACAGAAGUGGAGCCAGCAGGGCAUUUGGACUCCAGCACUCAAGACAGGCUUACAGCACUGAGAGCAGUAACAAACUUUGGGGCUUCAGUUGAAGUUUUUGACUCUGAAGAGGCUGAAGUAUUCCAGAGGAAACUUGAUGAAACCACAAGAUUGCUCAGAGAGCUCCAGGAUGCACAGAACGAGCGGCUGAGCACCAGACCCCCUCCCAAUAUGAUCUGUCUUUUGGGUCCAUCAUACAGAGAAAUUCACCUUGCUGAACAAGUGACCAAUAAUCUUAAAGAACUUGCACAGCAAGUCACUCCAGGUGAUAUCGUAAGCAUGUAUGGAAUACGAAAAGCAAUGGGGAUUUCCAUUCCUUCACCCACCAUGGAAAACAACUUCGUAGAUCUAACAGAAGAUCUGGAAGAACCUAAGAAAACAGACGUUGCUGAGUGUGGACCUGAUGGGAGCUGAGGCCAACUGGUAUUUGAUUACAUAUUAUGUACAUAUUUUUUUAUUCUGAACUUGGAAAUGCUUUUCAAAAGAUAUUAACUAUUUGUAAAUUGUGUUUUUAAUUAAACUUUGGAACAAUCAACUUUAAUCUUCUAGAAAUUGGACCUCUAUUAGGUAAUAAAGGUGAACCUGGGACUCUUGAA